ACUGCAACCAAACGACUCGACUCUAUUCGGCUUCCUCGCAGUGAUCUUACAAAUAUUGUUAAAUUGUUAAAUCUAUGUUUUAAGAAACUUAAUUAAACUGCUGCAUGGCCCCAACCUAGGCCCGCGUCGGUGUGUGCUGUGCUAUGAUCGCCGCUCGGUUGCUUGCUGAUUAAAAAAGUAAUUUCCAAAAAACUUUGUUCGACAACAUUUUUUUUAUUCAUUUAUAUGUGUGCGCCUGUGUGUAGAGAUCACGUCUGUUUUAGAGUGCGAUCGGACGCGUGUGUGUGAGUUGCAGUCUCAUGUCCAGCCCUUUAUGUGUCGGUGAAAGUUCGUGUCCCCCCGCAAACCCACGUAAUUGUAAUAUCCCAACCAAGAAGCCAAAUCAAAAACAAGCACAUACACAUGUCACAAUCGCCUCAACACAAGCGCCAGAAGAUGUCCCACGGAAAAAACUUUGGCGACGGGGACCCGUUCAACUACGAAGAGCUCAACAUCAUUGGAACAGGCGCCUACGGGACGGUCUACAGGGCUCGGGACACAGUUACGGGCAACAUUGUGGCCCUAAAAAAGGUCCGCAUCGCCCUCAAUGAGAACGGAGUCCCAAUGUCCACGCUGCGGGAGAUCUCUUUGCUGAAGCAGCUCAAUGCCAGCGAUCACGCCAACAUUGUCAAACUGUUCGAAGUAUGCCAGUUUCUGGAGCGAGACGGUCAACUGAUGAUUCUACUGGUGUUUGAGCACCUGGAGCAGGAUUUGUCCGACCUCAUCGAACGUCUGCCAAAAUCGGGCAUGUGCCCCACCACAAUCCAGCGUCUGUCGCGUGAACUCUUAACCGGCGUGGACUUUCUGCACUCUCAUCGCAUCAUCCACCGCGAUCUGAAGCCACAGAAUCUUCUGGUCUCCGCGCAGGGCCAUCUAAAGAUCGCCGACUUUGGCCUGGCCAAGACGUACGACUCCGAGAUGAAGCUGACAUCGGUGGUGGUUACGCUGUGGUACCGCGCUCCCGAGGUACUGCUUGCCCAGCCCUACAACAGUUCCGUGGACCUCUGGAGUGCCGCCUGCAUCAUCUUUGAGAUGUUCAACCGGAAGGCUCUGUUCCCGGGCACAUCGGAGAAGAACCAGUUGGACCGCAUAUUCGAGCUGACGGGACGACCCACAGAUCAGCAGUGGCCCAAAACCAUCUCUGUGGCACGGGAGCAUUUCCCACACCGCCCUCCCAAACGGCCACGAGACUUUUGUCCCAACCUCUGCGAGUACUCCGACGACCUGUUGAAUCAAAUGCUGUCAUUCGACAUAGGCAUGCGGCCAUCGGCAUUGGUUUGCCUGGAGCACGAGUACUUCACGCAGGAGCCGCUUUAAGGCAUGGCCACCGAUGGAUGCGAUGGACAGAGCUCCCAGACGUGGUCGGGUGGAGUUCGUACCCAUUGGAUGGCCGCAACCAGUGUUCUGUUCUUGUCAUAAUGUUCCUUUAAAUGCAGUCCAGCAUGUCGUUCAUUUUCCAGUCCAGGUGGAAGCAGUCUUCCUGCAGCAGAAAAAGAAUGAAUACCUUAAUGUUUGUAGCUAGUAAGUCAAGUGUAGAACGUGCGCUGUAGAUAGCGCUAAAAGUCCCUAAAAGUUUAACGAUUCUCGGGGGAGGUCAGUCCCCAUCCGAAAUGUGAUACAACAAGUUCAGGAAUACAUUAUACAAUUUCAAAAUUUUGUACAGCAA